UGUACUGAUUUAUUUAUAAGCAAUAACAAACACACGGCUUACUGUUAUCCUAAAACAAGAUUUUAUAGCGUCUUAAUACUGAACCGAGCUCAACUUAAUGUGAACGGAUAGAAAAAACUUGAAAACCUUCUACAGUGGUUCUUUACAGUAGUUCUUUACAGUAGUUCUGUACAGUGCUUUUCGUCUAUAUGGGUCUAUAUUCGUCUUUCUGUCAGCUGCUGUAUUAAAACAUCGAGAUAUCAACAUGGAGAGAGUUACAUGGUAGGAUUUACAAGCCACUUUGCUGUCAGGAAUGGGAAAAUGGGAGUUAACCAUGGAUCCAGUGCAGGAGUGGGGUGAGGAGUUUGAGGAUGAUGCCGUGUUUGGGAUCACACUGCGCAGAGAGCGCGUGCAGCGGUCUAGUAACCCGGCCGAGGCCUGCCCCUGCUCCGCGUACGUCCAGUACCGCACAUCUAAAGUGCGACGGCUUAAAGCGGCCACACUGAACCGGGUAAUAAAUCACCUGCUGGAUCCCAGAUGCCAGGAGCAGGAAUACGGGAGGAUACUACUGUCUACAUAUCGCACUUUCAUCAGCACCAACAGACUCAUUGAGAUGCUUUUCCAAAGGGACAGCUUUGAGUCUAAGCUGGACAACAGCGAGUGUCAUAAAAGCACUCUGUGGACUUUGCUACACACCUGGCUGGAAGAGUUCGGUGAGGAUUUUAGGGACUCUCCGAUGCAUUCAUCCUUGCGCUUAAUGUGCCUGCAGCUGAGACAACAUCCAUUUCUUUCUGCCUUGGCCAAGCGCUAUGAGGAUCUACUGAAGAGAUUCCAAGCCGAAGAUAUUGUAAAUAAAGAACAAGCUUGUGGGAAGGAGGACCCAGAGGUAAAUCAAGAAGAAAACGAUGUGGAAUUAGAGGAUUCAGACUUUAUGGACUUUUCUGUCAGAGAACUUGCAGAACAGCUCACCAGACUAGAUGCUGAUCUCUUUGUGAGGGUGGUGCCUUUUCAGUGUCUUGGAUGUGUGUGGUCUCAAAGAGAUAAGAAUGAAAAUCUCUCGCCCACCAUCCACGCCACCAUCGCCCAGUUCAACACCAUUAUCAACAGAGUCAUAAGCUCACUGCUUUGCCCUGUCACCUUUUCUUCCACACUGUCAUCCACUUCUGCUCAGAGAGCUAGAAUCAUUGAGAAGUGGAUACAGGUUGCACAGGAGUGCAGGCAACUGAAGAACUUUUCGUCCCUAAAGGCCAUUUUAUCUGCACUCCAGUCCAACCCGGUUUACAGGCUCAAAAAGACCUGGGCUGCAGUGAGCAGAGAAAGCAUAAACACUUUUGAGAACCUGUGUGAAACCUUUCCAGAUGCAAACUGUGUCCUGACAAGUCGAGAAAUCCUUCUGGAGGUGGGGAGCCUGGCUGUGGAUAAUAUUUCAGCCAAGACAUCCAAAGACUGCCCCAUAUUCAAACAGAUGAGCACAAACACCGGUGUCGUGCCUUACCUUGGAACAUUCCUUUCUGUACUCACCAUGCUGGAUACGGCACUUCCAGAUACUGUUGAGGUUACCUACAUAAACUUUGAGAAGAGGAGGAGGGAAUAUGAGGUUCUGUGGCAGAUCCGACAGCUGCAGGCAUCCUGCUCAAACUAUGCACUAGCUCACCAUCCCCAUAUUGACGCCUGGCUGCAACAUCACAGGCUUCUCACAGAACAGGAGAGUGAUGAGUUGUCCAAACAGCUGGAGCCACCGGUCGACUCUUGUUCACCAUCCAGCAGUGGAGCCUGGACUCACCGUGCGCUAACCAGAAAACUUACAUCACUCUUGGGUGUGAGUGAGGGCUCCAAAAAGAACGCCGACCAGAUCAGUGUCACAUCUUCUGGGUCCAGCAGCUCUGAAAUGGAUGAUACUUCCACCAGUAUGUCAUCUCCUUUUGAAGCACAGUCCCUCUCAAGCUCCUGUCAAAACAUGGCUGACACCAUUUCCUCCUCUUCCUCCACCGGCUCCUCUGGAUACACCUCCAGCUCCCAGACUGACCUCAUUUUUCCUCCACCAUCUUCUUUCUCAACUCCGUCCAAGCCCGGCCAUAAGCGCUCGGUCUCCAUGACCUCUCUGCCCCUGUACAAUAGGCAGGUGGCAGACUCCUGCAUCAUCAGGGUCAGCAUAGAGGGUGACGACAAAGGCAACAUGUACAAAAGCAUUCUGCUUACGAGUCAGGAUAAGACAGCACACGUGAUCGAGCGAGCUCUGCAGAAACACAACCUGGAGAACGCAAGUGUGCAGGAAUUCAGUCUUGUUCAGAUGCUGCCUCAAGACCGAGAGCUUGUGAUGCCAGACAAGGCCAAUGUUUACUACGCCAUGUCAACUUCAGCCAACUACGACUUUGUUUUACGCCGGUGUCCUAAAGGUCAGCGGAAGCAGCUGGCACGCUCUGUUUCAAUGUCAGCCGGCCGAUCAACGAAAUAACUGUGCAACUUUGACUCUGGAGAAAUGUGGACAUACUGAAAUGAAAGAACUAUUUCUUGGAAACUACACAAGAAUUUGAAAUCUCUAAUCAUUGUUCCAAAUGUGUAUAUUUAAAAUGUAUAUAGUAUAUGUAUAUUUAAUGUUAGCUAUUAGCUAUUCAAAUAAGAAUUUAAUAUAUAAACAAAUAUUACUAAUAUGAAAAUAUAAUCUACUGACUUUAGACUCUCUGAGACUUGGCAUUUGGUUUAGGCUGACGUCUCUUAACUACAAGAAGUAUAGUAUUAAUGUUCUAAUAUUUGUAUACUGUAUGCAGUGUGGCAUACAUUAAUACAUUUGCACAACCAUUUAAAAUCAUAUUUUUACAACACAUACUUUAGAUUCCCAAAACCUUAAGUAGAAAAAUAAUUACAUAUUACGACCUAACACACAACUGCACAAUUGCAAACACACACAUACUCAUUUUUCACCACACGCCACAACUAUCACCUCAUCGGUACAUACCUAAAAUACCAGCUUAUGUCAUCGAAAGGAUAUUGUGAGACUUCAUUAGUCACGUUUAACAUUCCAAACAGUGCAUUCAUAUGUGAUCACCUUAAAGUGAAAUUCACAAAUAUUACGUGCACAUAGCUCGAAUGCCAAAAUUCUGUUGCUCUGUUAACAAUUUCCCCUGAAACGAAAAACAAGUCUACACGUUGCUUACAGAAUGUAAACAUAUCAAGUCUGUAGUAUGUCUAAAAGGGGCAUCACAUAUUGCCUGAGCUCUUUGACCUAUCCCGAAUACAUAAAUCUCUAGCUAAAGUCUAGCUAGUGGUAGAACUAGGUGCACAAUAUGUAUCAUAAAAUGUAUCAAAACAAGGAAUAUGUAUUAGGAUAGUUAGUUUUGCUAAGCUUUUGAUGCUGUGUUUUAAAUGCUGAAAUGAUCUUAUGUGGAUGCACCCAUUUAGAUACUUUUGUUUACUGAUAAUAAUGAAUUCUGUUUAAAACCAUUUAACUAUGUCCCAACUCUAAAGCAAAAAUUCACAAGUUUACUAAAAUAUGCCAAAUCUAUACCACUAAAACAGUUAGAGAAGAAUUACACAUGUCCUGUUUGUGUUUCUCUUCUUGCCAGUCAUUAUAUAAACCGAAUAAAAUAUAA